AUGGAUGCCGGCACUAGCGCAGACCGUAAAGAUGUUAGCCCCUCUGGCACCUCUGGCAAGAGGAGAAGUAGCGGAUUCGCUGGCGCGCGCAACGUCUUCUCAAACGCCAAGCAGUCUUUGAAGGACCAGUUCCAUAGCUCUUCUCCUGAAGCACGCGAGAAGCCGCAGACUCCUAUGCAAAAGCUUGGUAGAACCGAUCCUGCUUUGAGCGUUCCUCAAGGUGCACUGAACAACUCCGCUGGAGAGUCUGAGCCCGGUCCGCGAUCUACCUUCAGAGUCGGUGUCACUGAAGAUAAGAACAAGAAAUGCCGAAGAACAAUGGAAGACACACAUGCCUAUCUAUACAACUUCCUCUGCACUCCAGCUCCCGCUCUCGGUUCAGACACAGCCCAAAAGAGCAUAUCUUCCACCAACUCGAACAACUCCCAGGAGGUUGUCGAGACCGACAAUGGCUACUUUGCUAUUUUCGAUGGACACGCUGGCAACUUCGCUGCCGACUGGUGCGGCAAGAAGAUUCACUGCCUUCUCGAGGACAUCAUCCGCAAGCAUCCGAACACUCCUAUUCCUGAGCUUCUUGACAUGACCUUCACUACCGCCGAUCAGCAGCUGGAGAAGCUACCUUUAAAGAACAGUGGCUGCACCGCAAUCACUGCAGUGCUUCGUUGGGAGGAUAGAAUACCCAAUUCCCAGUCUGCUACUGGCUCCACCGCAAUUGCACCUGCCACCGCUGCCGCUAUCAAGGGCAACUCGGAGUCAAGUACAGCCAAUGCUGACUCAACACAAUCAUCUGCAGCAAAACUUCGUGAGGCAGCUUCGCGCCAGCGCGUCCUUUACACUGCCAAUGUUGGAGAUGCCCGUAUCGUUCUCUGCCGAAAUGGCAAGGCUCUCCGUCUCUCCUACGAUCACAAGGGUAGUGAUGAGAAUGAAGGCAAGAGAAUCGCAGGUGCAGGAGGUCUUAUCCUGAACAACCGUGUCAAUGGUGUUUUGGCCGUUACCCGUGCUUUGGGUGAUGCAUACAUGAAGGAUUUGAUUACCGGUCAUCCCUACACCACCGAGACGGUCAUCCAACCCGAUAUUGACGAGUUCUUGAUCCUGGCAUGCGAUGGCUUGUGGGAUGUCUGCUCAGAUCAAGAAGCAGUCGAUCUUAUCCGCAACAUCAAAGAUCCUCAAGCUGCGUCCAAGACACUUGUCGACUAUGCACUUAACCGUUUCUCAACAGACAACCUGACCGUGAUGAUCGUCCGCUUCGACAACCAGGCAGUGCAGCAGACAGUAGAACGCAAAGUGGAACCUAUCGGUGUUGAUGGCGAUCCUGCCGCACAAAGAGGCGGUGUAAGCGAAGCCGAUGCGAUAAUUGCUGAGCAACGUCAGAAGCUUGCAGACAGCGGCGAGCUCCUCGACCGCGUCCCUAGUGAUAUCCACGAGGAGGAGGAACAAGUGGAUCCUGGACCAGAGCUCAAUCUCGAAGCAGUUGAAGCUGCACGUAAGGACCGCAAGCCUCAACCGCCCGCCGAGGAGGUCGCUCGCGCGCAACAGUCUUAG